AUGGAUCCGCCAGUAAGUCGUAUUGGUUGGAAUAAUGAUCAAAAUCAUAAAAUCGAUGACAAAAUUAUGCAAACUCGAAGAGAAAUCGAAAAAGCAAAAAAUAUAAUGAAAGAAAAUGUGCAAAAAAUAAUGGAAAGACAACAGAAUUUGGAUGAAUUGGUUGAAAGAGCACGUAAGUGUUUUUAUAGAUCUGCAAACACUUCACGAUAAAUUGCACACAUUUUCAGAGCGCCUUGAAGCAGCAUCAGAUGAAUAUGUCAAAUGUGCUGUGAGAAUUCAACGUAAAGCUCAUUGGCGUCAUUAUGCGGUGCAAUAUUCAAUGAUUGGUGCAACUGCUAUUUGCACUGUUUUGGGUCUCGUUUGGACUUUUGUAUGA